AUGUCACGAAUACCGUUUCAGAAGGGUCUGGCAUCGUACAAAGCAGGGGACUACCAGGAUGCCCUGGAGCACUUCAAUGAGGCCGAAAAGCAUGGUGGGAAGAACGUACAUCUCAUAUUCGACUCGAGGGCCGCAGUAUACGCGAAGCUGGGCCAGAAAAGGGAGGCCCUCCGAGACGCGAAGAAGACGAUCGACGUCGCCCCCGAGAAGUGGCAGGGCUACGCGCGUGCCGCACGCGUCUUCCUGCAGCUGGGAAAGCCUGACGCAGCUGCGAAGAUGGUAUCGAUGACUCUGGAGAGGCUGAAGGAGGACGAGGCAGACAGGCGGACGUCGUUGCUUGCUUUGGAGGCGGAGGUCCGACAUGUACAGGAGGCAUUGGAGAAGCAUCGUCGGCAAAUGGCUGACCACACAAUCAAGCUGCCGAUCGAACUCUUUGGAGAGAUCGUGAAGAUGCUCGUUGAAGAAGACCAGCGGGCGCUCAUCCCGCUGCUGCAUGUCCGCAAACACUGGAGGAGCGUGCUGGAGAGCAUGCCGUCGCUAUGGGACACACUCGUCCUUACUCAACGGAGACCGAAGCAGAAAGCGAAGCUAUGGAUUCAGAUUACGGGAGGGCGUAUGCGGGAGCUGGUGGUCAGGGAAGGCGCGUUUCAUUCGCCCAAUUGGCCUGGCGAUUCUUUGCGAGGUCUGCAGUGGGAACGCCUUCGUGCAUGCAGAAUCCACCGAUGGGACAUCAUGGCCUAUCUACAAUCUAUCAGCCAACCAUCUUUCUUUGCCACUUUGGACACGUUCGAGUUAGACGACGUCGUCAAUGGCCAGCAACACAAGUGGAUGGAGCUGUUCUCCCAGAGUGACAAGGAAGAGCUACCCCUGCAACAUCUCUCCCUUCAGGGUUUGCUGCUCAGCUACUCGCAACUCCACGCCCGAGUCAGCAAGUUGAAAACACUGCACCUCCGAAAUUGCACCCUCCCGUCAGUUCUGCUUCUGCAAGCGAAUCCCCUUCUCGAAGAGCUCGUGCUCGACAGCGUGAAUCCCGUCUAUUCUGGCGACGCAACGCUGGAACUCAAGCAUCUGACCCUCCUCGAUCUGUCGAAAGGCAUCCCUUGGGUGAUGGGUAAAGCAGAAAUACCGGAACUGCGAACCCUUCGAUUAUCUGCGAACCACCUUCAAGAGGCAUACGCGGCCGUUCCUCAACGGCUGGUUCAGUCAAACCAUUCUCACUUAACAGAGCUGAUAGUCCGGACUUGUCCCUCCAUCGGCAUAGACAUCCUCAUAUCCUUGGUCAAAUUAUCAGCCAACCUUCUGACACUGGAAGUGUCCCAUAAUGUAGGUGAUGUCACACCUAUCGUCGAAGCUCUCUCCGCCCACCUGCCCCCAUCUUCGAAUCUAAAAGGCGCGAAGUUCGACGCAAUUCCGCCUACCCCUUCGCCACCAGCAAUAUGCCCCCUCCUUACCCACGUCAACUUUUCAAGGAGUCCCAACCUCCAAACUGGGCCCCUGGUGCGGCUCGUCAAAUCCCGGUUACCACAGGUGGACUCUCCGUCCGCCAGUCAAGAAUGUCCACCUUCAGAGUCGAGUGACAUUGCAUGCCUGCUUUCACUGACAAUCGACGAAUGUCCUCAAGUCGACGCGAAGUGGCUGCCGUGGUUCAGAGAAAAGAGGACUGUGAAGGCGAGUAAAUGGGAUUGUCUGCGUGCUCUCAGUGCCAAUCUCCUGCUGGAAAUAUGA